AUGGAGAGCGAUGAUGAUUAUUAUACAGUUUCCGAGUGUUUAAGUUCAAAAGUCUCUUCGUACGACUCGUGCACGCCUGUUGCUUCUGACCAGGACGAAGAGGUAUGUAAUAAAUUAAUAUAUUUUACAUCCAUUGACUUUUUUCUUUCAGUAAGCAGCUUUUGCAUAAGCUGAUCUGUUUUACUCUAAAUAUACCAUUGAUAUGCAUAGUGAAAAUCGCUCAGAAACUAAAAGUUAAUAAUAAAUAAAAAAGCGCGUCACGGUAAAACUAAUACGCUCAGACGGCCGUUUUAAGAAGACAGCAGGCAAAAAGUUAUACUGACCACCUCCGUUCUUUUUACGAAACAAACUCCCAUUUACAACGCUCUAAAUAAAUAUUACAUUAUUAUAUGGCGAUUCGAUAAAAACAAAAAAAAUAUGGCUCGGAUACUCGUCAUGGAUCCACGCGACGACCGCUACCUUUGACUGCAGUGGUUUCAAUUCUCCAAAAGACAAAGAACUUAUAAAAAUAAUUAUUAUUUAAAUUUUGGAUUCUGAGUAGAGUGAGGAAUGUAUUGGUUUUAUAAUGAUGUUUAUUUAUUAUUUUAUGUGAACACUCUUUCUACCAGAAAGCAUACUCCGAUUGAUGUAUAGAAGUUCCGAGCUUUUAAUAACUCUCCGUAUUACAGAGAAUGAGAGUUUACGAGUUUCUGAGUUGAUAAGAACCGUAAUGCCGGAUGUAAAAAUGAGUAAAACAAAUAUGCUGUGGAUAUACUUGGGCUUAAUGAUAAAUUUACGGAAACAAUUUUUUUUAUCAAUUUUACAUAAUUAUUAACUAAUAUGCAAUAAAAACAGAUUAUAUUUGUUAUAUAAAUCUUGCCAUUUUUGAGGGAUAAGACACCUAAAUUGCGUUUAUAGGUACUAUAUAUAUAUAGGUACACAACGUUAGGUUCGUGUUGUUUUAUUCAACCGUUCCGUUUCGAUAUUGUAAAUUUUGGUAUUAUUUUCCUACCGGAUUUUCGGCGAUUUAAUUUUAUUAAUUUUAGUUAUUUUAGAUUCUGAGUGGAACGAGGAAUUUAUUGGUUUCACAAUGAUGUUUAUUUUUUUGUUAAAUUUAACAUUUUUUUUUAUGUGAACACUUUUUCUACCAUAAAGCGUACUCCGAUUGUCAAGUAUAGACUUAUUUAGACUACUAGUAUAGACUAUAUUCACUUUUUCUGAAAGAAAAUUUUCUCUGGAUGGUUAGAGAAGUCAUUUUUUGAAAUUCUCAUUAAUAUUCGAAAUUAUGAGGAACCCUUGGUCUUUAGUUUAAAAAAAAUUGAAAGAUUAAAAAUAAGUUUGCCGUUGACGACCGUUUUUAUUUAUUUUUUGUUAUUACUAAGUUUUUAAUAUUUUAAUAUUUUUUAAACAAUCAUUGUUGUAAUAAUUUUAUCAUAAUAUGAUAUAUAUCAUAUAUUGUAUUGUUGAAAAAGUAACACUAUCAACUGAACUCCGAUCAGAAUCGUUUUUUCGUAAGCAAUGGUUAAUCGUUGCUUACAGAUAUACAUUAAAUUCCCAUCUGUAUCCUACCUUCCCAACUUUCCACCUACAACAGUGGCUGCAUCCAUGUGUGAAGUAUGUCCGUCCCGUUUUUUUUUUUAAAUAUUAAACGAUUAUUAGUUUUCUAUGAUACUAUACAAUAUUUAUAAAACCCUAUUAGGUGCCAAUAAGUUCAAUAAUUUUUCUAAAAAACUAUAAAUACUGUUUGAUAAUCAAUAUAUCAACAUAAUAAUAUAAUAAAUGAAAACGUUAUUUAAAAUUACAUUACCUAAUAUACUUAUAAUAUAUUAAUAUUAUUAUGAUGAUAUCUUGUGUAAAAACUGUCUAAUACAUGGAAUCAUAAUGUAAUAAUAUUUACCGAUCACAUAAUUAUUUCAUUGUGCAAUUCAGUAUGAUAUACAUAUUUGUUAGGACUUAUUCGAGUAUAUUAUAAUUUUUAAUGCACCAAAAAUUAAAUUGUUUAAGGGUUAUUAUUACCCAAGUUUAUAUAAUAUGUAAUAAUAUUGUCAUAAAAAAUAAUGUAAUAUUAAUACAUAGUACAGAUAAUAAUUUAAAAUAUUUACAUUCGCAAUCUUAAUAUUAUCCUUUAAGCAGGUAUGAUAUGUUAAAAAAAUUAAUUCAGUAAACAUAUUAAAUAUGUAGAAAUCUUUAAUAUUAGAAUAUUCAUCUGCAGAAACCAUUAUUUAUUUUAAAUAUUGAUUUUUUUAAAAUUUAUUUACUAUAAUAACAGUUAGAAGUGUUAAAACUAUAUACAUUUUUUACUACUUUUGUUUGGAUAUUUAUUUGUAUAAUGCUUAUGCCUAUCUACAUCGGGAUACAUAAUCAAUAAUUAUUUUCUUUAAAUACUUUCAUUUCAUUAUGUUAUGGCGUCGGNAAAACAAAAAAAAAAAAAAAAAAAAAAAAAAAAAAAAUAUAUAUAUAUAUAUAUAUAUAUAUAUAUAGGUAUUAUUAUUAAGUUUUUAUUAUUUUAUUCUUUUUUAAACAAACAUUGUUAUCAUGUAAACGCACAUUGCUGUAAUCAUUUUUUAACCAUAUAUUGUAUUGUUGAAAAAGCAACAAUAUCAACUGAACUUCGCUCAGAAUCGUUUUUUUCGUAGGAAUGGUUUAUCAUUCGGAUGAAUAUACAUUAAAUGCCCGUCCGUAUCCUAUAUUCCCAACCUCCCACUUACAACAGUGUCUGAACCCGCGUGCGAAGUAUGCACGUGCUUUUUAUACAUUUUUUUAUUUUUCGUACCCGGAGAAAAUACCGUCGUUUAAUGUUUUUUCGAUUCGAAUUUGUUUCGCAGUGCUACGACAAUGCGGACACCGUCGUCCGGCGGGAAGUGUCGCAGACCAGACGGUUGAUGCUCUCGCCCGUCCGAGGAUGCGCGGAAACCACCGAAUCCGUCUACAAAGAUAUUGUUACGCCGGCGCCGCCGCGAUCCACGGACAAACGGCCUGAAGUGAGCGAGCAAUUUAUUUUUAAAAUCCCGCGGCCACCGGCAGCACGCCGCCGCAGACCGUAA